AUGAACGGCACGUGUCUGGCGCGCCGGAAGUGCAACAACCUCAACGGCACCAUCACCGGCUCCUGCGCUAGUAGGAGGGGCCGAUGCUGCAUAGUGUCUCGGACGUGCGGCUCCACGUCGAACGUGAACAAUACGUACUUCACGAGCCCGGGGUACCCAGCGGCGUACGCGGGCGGCGCCGCCUGCACCAUCACAGUCAACCGCUGCAAUAGCAACAUAUGCCAGCUCCGUAUCGAUUUCUUGGACAUGGUGUUAGCCCAGCCAGAUGGAGACGGCAACUGUGCCACCGACUCCAUCACCGUGACUGGUGGGAACACGGUGGUACCAACACUAUGCGGGGACAACACCGGCCAGACCAUAUACGUGGACUUUAACGGAAACAACGCCCUGACCAUAACUGUCACCGCAACAUCAUCCACAACGUUCUCUAGGAGGUGGAACAUACGCCUCACGCAACUGGGGUGCGACUGCCCAGGAAUUGCUCCAAACGGCUGUCUGCAGUACUACACUGGUACUACUGGUACAAUAAACAGUUUUAACUUCGGAGACGCGGCCAAUUCUGCGCUUAGCGCGUCUCUGGUCACGGGCACCAGGCAAAUGGUCAAUCUCAACUAUGGGAUUUGUAUUAGAAUGGAGGCCGGCUUCUGUGCUAUACAGUAUGCACAGACCAACGACGUGUUUUCGUUCACGGUGUCCGGUGACGUGGAGGGAGCUGACCUGACGGUUCUAGGGACGGCCCUGGGCGCGUCCAACGACGGAGCGUGCACCACAGACUUCGUGGUGAUACCCAAUCCCACGGUGGUGGCCACCGGAGUCGCGGUCGGUACCGACCGGUUCUGCGGUAUCGGUUUCGUCACCGUAAGCAGUGCUAGCAAGCCGUUCGUCCUUUACGUGGUGACAGACGCCAGCGAAGGAGCUACAGCCACCUCACCUCCGGACGUAGCUAACAGAGGCUUCUCUCUCGCUUACACACAAAUAGCUUGUUAAAAAGUCUAAAGGUCACAGCACACUUUUCAACUCGGAAAGGGAUCAACACCGUAUCGCCUUGUGCACAUAGGUGUGCGUUGCAGUACGGAGUUUCAUACAAAGAACUGCUGAACGCCUCGAGUUGAUACGGUUACGACUGAGUAAAUACAAAUGAGUAGGUCAUCUUCAUAGAAGAAACGCACCGAGCGCGGUUUGUAUGUGAGCGCGCCAACACGUAUGCGGCGCGUACGCACACACUGACAAAAUUUAGCGGGGAGCUAGUCUUGGUUGCGCCGAAUUUUGUCAGUGUGUGCGUGCGCGCCGCAUACGUGUAUUGGUUUCUAUGAAGAUGACCUACUAAUUUGUAUUUACUCUGGUCACGAUUAGUGUCCGGGUUGAUAAGUGUGCUUCGUCCUUUAUCGUGAUAACUAAAUGUGUGUAAUAUAAGAUUUAAAUUAUCAUUAAGACUGCAAUAUUGUAAUAACUUUGCAUUAAGUAUUUGGUUAAAUGGUAUGUUUGAAAAGAAGACUUUGACCAUGAAAGAGCCAGUAAUUGUUUUUGUCUGCUUUUUGAACGGGAUUAUUUCAGCAUUAUUAUUGUAAAUAAAUUUUUAUUUAACAUGUUA